GCCGAGGUUUGUGGAUGGCCGGUCUUAGUCUAUGUUGUACCCAGCCAAGAGGUGGCCGGGAUGACCAUGGAAGUGAUGAUCAAAUAAUUUGUGAGCCAGUUUGGAUGAACCAAUCCUAUGAACAAACAAACAAACCGAGGAGCUCAAGUGGACAACGUCGCUCAUACAUUAUACAUCCACAAGCCAGUCUCUACAAAACACAAAUCCCCAAACAAACAACGCCCCCAUCCCAAGAUGAUGAAUCCGAUCGAAAUAGAAGAACAGUCGUUCUCGGAAGAUUUCGACCAGUACUCCAAUUCCAGCAUCGAGUCGAUCGCAGACAAUCCAUCGGAAGUACACCGUUAUCGGGCCCAAGGAGACAGGGUUCUCUCGAAGUUUCGAGGAAUCAUAGAUAAGUAUGAUUAUCAUAUCGGGCCGGAUCAUCCACCCAUACAAACGAGUCCACGAAAGAGCAAGAUAACGGAUCAAGAAAUCGAGAAGAAGAAAGAGUUGUUAGAACGAUUAGAUGAGGUUUUGUUACCCGAAUUGAGCCUCGAAAUCCAAGGGUUUUCCGACUUAUUCGAGCCCAGCGAAUUAAACAAAGCGCCAUACAGACAACUGAAGACGAUCAGGAGACGACAACAUGAGCUAGAGAAGACGAUCGACCGAGUCCUGAAAGCCAAGCGAGAGAUCUGUCGGGACGCAUGCACGACCUCCGAACCCAACGAUCCAGAUCUAGAAGAGAUCAAAUCCUAUCGACUCUACAUCUUAGCCUACGGUUUCCAAGUCUAUUUGAUCCCGAUGAUCUGCGAGCUAUUCAUCAAAUCCUACGAGCUUAUCGAGGAGAUGGCCUUCUCCAACGACCCUCCCGACCACAUCAUGGAUGUCUCUACCGCCAGAGGAUUGAUGCUCGAUUGCACGGCCGAAGCGACCACUGAAAUCGCGGCUAUCCGCAGAUUUAUCCAAGGCUCUGAUAUGGAUAACAUCCAAUCUCGUUGGUCGGGCUUGGUUCCGGCAAUCGAAGAGACUCACAAAGCGUACGAAGACUUGAUCAAAAAAGUCCAGCUUCAUCCGGUCCUUUGUCGUUCGUAUACUCCAGUCGAUCCGUCGAUUAAAGUGGCCAAAGCAUUCCUACCGAUCAUGAAACUCUCGAGACUGUUCUUCAAAAAAUUGGCCUCCGAUCCUAAAUUCUCAAACAACGACAAACGACUCAACAAAUUCUCUCAUUUGCCCUCGUCUCAAUUAUCAGCAUUAGGAGAACUGCCGGACGUGCUCGACAAAGUGUUAGCCGAAUCCCACGAACAUUUGGAGAAUUCAUCGAUCACAGAGGAAGGCAUGACCAGCUGGGAAUUAAGCUUAUUAGUCGACGAGCUUCAGGUCGGAUUCCGUCAAUCGAUGAUUGUUGUCGAUUACUUUAUCUCCCAAAUCCCCGACUCGGAUCGUGAAGGGUUCCCCAAACAGACCCGUUAUCGAGAAUGGUUCGAGCUUUGGAACGAUACGUUCUCCUCAUCUGUUAGUAAAUUGAUGCAGGUCGUCGAUCCUUAUCUGUACGAGGAUUGCCAAUGUCCAAAUUGUCUUAACCCCAGACCUCGUCCACAUCAGCCUCGUUAAAAACCCUCACCCACCUUCGAGGCUUCGCUCCAAGCAAGAAAAAAAGAAGUUAUACCCUUACUUGAUCGAUUCUAUAACCACCCCAGCUUCCUCGAAAUCUUUUCUUUUCACUGAUCUAUCAAACACUUGCAAUACACAAAAACAAACAAAUCUAACUUCUACUACUAUAACCUCCUUACCUAUAAAAAAAAACGAAGGUUAUGAUACAAGACUGUUAUUUUUUGAUACAGCCUGUGAAGGCAUUGUAAGUCAUCAAGCAUUGAAAAAUUUGAUUUUUUUUUUUUACAACAAAUUUGCUCAUUUUUUUGGGGCCAAUAUCUAAGCCCACAACUCUGGAAUGAUUUGAGCGACUAUCCAAGCCACUCCGCAAGCUCCGAACAACCCUACCAUCCAAUCACACCAGCCAAUAACAAACAUGGGAGAUAUCCUCUGAUGAGAUCGAGGCCCCAACACAACUUAUGUCUCACCGUUUGGCCCUGGGCUUUGUAAUAUUCAAUCAUGGCCAGAUUAUCCAACCUUGAUCAGCCAACCGGACAAUCACAAUGGCCCUGGGCUAUAUGCUCACCUUGGGGUACAUAUAAGUCACAAACCCUGGAAGUCCAUCCCAGCCUGUUCCAGAACUUAACAGACAUUGAUCUGGAAGGACAAUUACCCCCAUCUCAAUAUCUAGCCAACAUAUCUGAUUGGUGCUCUCAACAAACUGCC